AAUAAAGGACGAUGGCACAGUAAAGGAUUGUUUAUAUAAAUAGUUUUACCUGGACAAUCUACCUGAUUUUAUCAGUUAAAACAAGAGUAUGUCAUUUUGCAGGUGAUAAUAAUGCAUUGCAAUCACAAAUUAUUACUUAAAAGGGUAUUAUAAUGAUGGUACCGUAUUAUCCAACCUUUGGAAACAAUUGUGUUGUCACUUUCAUGAUAACGAACGUGAGAAAUCAACACCUGACUUCCGAAGACAUGUGGUCACGUUCUGUACGGAAUAUUCGGAGCUUUUCAAUGAGUUGGAUUUUACAUGUUUAAUAAGUGACAACAUUAUUUUUGCUGCAUUCUAACCUGAUAACGAUUGAUUUACGUUCGCUAAUCCGUUCAUAUGUUAAAUUCUUUAUAAAAGAUGAAAGGAUUACGGAGAUUUAAUGAGCAUGCAUUAUUCAGGUGUGCAAUAGGAUAUAUAAAUUACAAUUGUUUAGUGUAAAUACGAUUCUACUGUAGAACUUUUGUGAUAUUCUGCUUUAAUAAUGAGACUGAGAACCCGAUAUAUUGGGGCAGGAGUAGCCGUGUUUCUGAUGCUACUUACAUAUGAAGUAUAUGUGUAUUCUGCAGAUACAAAAUGGUUAAUAAGCAAUGGACUCCUAUCCAAACAGGAUUAUAUUAAAAAAAUGAAAUCAACUUUUGUACAAAAAGUUAAUUUAUCAGAUAGUAAUGCGCCUGUAACUUUUAAAUUAGUUCAUAACAUAAGAAAAGGGCCAACAGUGUCUAUAUCUGCUGAAGAAUUUAGGAAAGAUGAUAAAAUCCAAACUGGCAAUAUUUUAAUUGAUAAUUAUGGAAAAAACGAUCCAAUGAAAAAUGGAGAAAAAGGACGUGGUGUAACGUUUGUUGGACAAGAAAAACGAAAUGCGACUGAAUUAAUGCAAAAAUAUCAAGUUAAUAUUUUAGCCAGUGAUAUAAUUCCUUUAAACAGACUAGUUCCUGAUGCAAGACCUCCCGGAUGUAAGUAUAGGACUUACGCGCAUGAUCUCCCUACAACAAGUAUCAUAAUUCCAUUUUAUGACGAAUGGCCAUCGAUUUUAAUUCGAACGUUAUACAGCAUUAUAAACAGAACUCCUAGACAUUUACUUCAAGAGAUUAUAUUGGUAGAUGACAACAGUCAGAUGGCUGAGCUGAAAAGGCCACUAGAUGAGUAUAUCAAUGACAAUUUUCCGAAAGGCAUAAUUAAGGUCUUACGCAACCCUUCACGUUUAGGGUUAAUCAAGGCUCGGUUAAAAGGAUGGCGGGAAUCUACUGGACAAGUUGUUGUGUUCUUUGACAGUCAUAUGGAAGUUAAUAUCGACUGGUUACAACCCCUACUUACAGAGGUAAAAAAGGACAGAAAAACAAUAGCUAUGGGUGUACUUGAUUAUGUGAAUGCGGAAAGUUUUGAAUAUCGUUUUAACGAGGGUUAUAUGACUCGAUAUGGUUUUGAUUGGAGACUUGUGUUUUUCGAAACUUUCUUCAGACAGGAUCAGAUUGGAGCAACAGAGGAAGACGUAAGGCCAGGUACGGUAAUGGUUGGUGCUGCUUAUGCCGUAGACAGUAAAUAUUUUGGUGAGAUUGGUGCUUAUGAUGAAGGCAUGACUGUAUGGGGUGGUGAAAAUCUAGAAAUGUCUUGGAGGGUAUGGAUGUGUGGUGGACGUUUUGUUCAUCUCCCUUGCUCUCAUCUCGGACAUAUAGCACGUGUGCAGCCCUAUGACUUCCCCGGGGGUAGAAGGAAUAUUGAGGUUUACAAUUACAAACGGGCAGUAGAAGUGUGGAUGGAACCAAAUCACAAACAGUUUGUUUAUGAUCAUUUUCCCGAAAUGGCGACUAUUAAUGCUGGUGAUUUAACGGAGCGAUUUAAGCUGAAGGAAAAAUUACAGUGUAAAAAUUUCACUUGGUUUAUUACGAAUGUCUGGCAGGAACUGUCUAUCUUUGAUCAUAAUGUAUUUGCUUGGGGAUCGGCACGCAAUUUACAGAACAAUCAAUGUUUAGACAAUCAUAGCUACUUAUUUCAAGCUCCGGAAGCGCUUUAUGUGGAAAUAUGCCAUUACAAACUAGCAACUCAGGGAUUUUCAUGGACCAAAGAGAAACUUCUUCGAACAUCGUUACAGUGUGUAGUUGUAAAAGAUAUGCAAGAAAAUACCAGACCAAUUUUAGAAGACUGCAUUAUAGGUCCACGUGAUCAAUGGGACCAUACAAAGAGUGGCUUUCUGAAACAUAUAAAAAGUGGAUUUUGUCUAGAUCAUGAUGGCCAGGGUCCAAUAAUGCGUGCGUGUAACAGUCAGAUAGUCACACAACAUUGGCAGUUUAACCAUUAUAAUUUUUGAUAGUACUAUAAACAUUAGUCUUUCUCACUGUCAUUCACAAUUCACACAUUUUUGAUGGUUUGGUUUGUUUUGUAUUUGUUAUUAUAUUUUUCAUUUUUUCACCUAUCCAAAUAUUAAGGAUGUUUGCUCCUCUUUAUUUUACAUUUUUGUCAGUAAUUCGGAAUUUUCCGGUUUUUUUCAAUGUUGUGUCAUCACCAACUUACCCUGCUUAUACCUACCCCUUUUCGUUUCAUUUAUUUAUUAAAAAUAAUGUAAAAGCUAUAUUUGAUAAUGAGAUAAAUCCUUGUAUUUUUUUCAUUUUUCAUACUUUUGUAAGAAAAAUGAUGCCAUUGUUUAGUGUAUGAAAAUUUAUGGAGAAUCAUUUCCCGCCAAAAUUUCAAUGGCUUAUAUCUCAAAAACUAAGACACGGACCCUAUAUAUUUUCUCUCUAUUUUAGUUCCGUUAUUGUUUAACUAUUGAUUUACAAAACAAUCCUCUCAAAAGAAUGUCAUUUUUUAUCUUAAAGGUGUUACACCAUCAUUUUUGCAAGAAAUAUUAAAGAUAAUUACGCAUUCAUCCAUUCAUCAAAACCAACGAUCGUUCAUGUAUGUUUCUGAUCAAAAUCAGAACUUCUCUUUGUGUAUAUUUAUGAGCUCUUAAAAUCCACCUUCUUAAUAUUAUCUUGAACGUAUGUAUCCAAGUGUUUGCUAGUAAAUUAAUAAAUCGUAAGCUUUGUUUUCGAUAUUGAAAUUGAAUCUUGUACCAUUUUGUGACCAAUCUGCAGUAUUUAUUUGUGUAUAAUUUGAUGUGUAAUGAUCAUACAAUUAUUUGGUUUACGUUUGAUAGCAUGAUUACACAUUGUUCAGUCAAUUCCAUUAAUCAUAAACUUAUAUCUUUUUUCAUUCCUGAUAUCUACAUAAUUGAAAAAAAAAGUAGUUAAUGACAACGCAAUCACAACAUUUAUUGUCAAAUAUUCAAAAGUGAUGAUUACCUAGCCCAUUUAUAUUUAAAGUUUUGAUACAAUGUAAAUAAACGGGGGUAAAUGGUUUAAAAAAUUUAACAAAGAACUAUGAUUCUGAAAGGUCAAUAUUGAACCAAGUGUUAUGAAAGUUUUGUUAAGUAAUAUUAUAGUAACCAUUUAAUAGAAAAUAUGUAAAAAUAUCUGGCAUAAGUAUAAAAGCAACCAGCUCUGAUACAUUCCAAUAUAAUUCAUUCUUAUGACGAAACGGAAAAUUUGUAUAGUAACUUUAUAAUUUUAAGACAACAUCAUCAUGUGUUGACCAAGGUUUUCGUUAGAAUAUGUAUCACACGAUAAUUUUUAUUUGAUUUGAAGAGAAUAAACUUCAUUUUGCCUUUCAAAUGGCACUUAAUUGUUGGUAGAAUUAUUUGUUUUAUUUAUUUAAUAGUGAUGGUUACACUUUUUAAAACAUUUAUUUAGGUCUUUACAUUUUUAUGGUAACAGGGUAUGAUUUAAAUCCGCCAACUCCCUCAAUUCAUCAAUAGUGCCAUGUAUUUUGUGUUGUGUAAUGCUGAUCAAUAAAAAAAAAUUCAAAUGUGUUUUCAAGACUGACAAAGGCAGUAUAGUGAUGUUCGAAUAUUUAGAUAUCCCAUUUAUUAUUGCAUAGGAACAUGUGUAUGCAUAAUGCAUGAUUUCUUACUUGCAUUAAUACUUCGUUGACGUGCAAAUAUGUUGUAAAUGUUAGUUUAAGACAUUUUCAAAUAGAUCGCAUUAUUGUAUCUGUUUAUUGCCAAAUGAUGAUUUUUUUGUUGUUGUUCUAUUGAGUUAAAUUAUAUUUGUUGAAUAAUAUGUCUCUGCUUGCCAUGAAUAUAUUAUUCAUGAGGUUAGUUAUCUGUCAGAAGAUAUUGAAUUAAAUUAAUUAAGAUUGUUUAAAACUGAUUUUGUCUAAAUGAGUUCGGAUAAUUACAGAAGUUCAUAUAAACCAACAAUGUUAGUAAACUCAUUUAAAAUUAACCAUUUAUUCAUAUGCUGAUUUUUAUUUCUCUUUUUAAUGAAAAAAAAAUAUAUUUAGCCGUUGAAUCGCCUCGCAAUUUGAUGUUAAAUUGCAAUGCUAACUUUUGCGUCUGAUAAAAUUAAACUAAAAAAAAUAGGUAGAGAAGCUAAAAAGUAGCUGUAAGACAGGAUCAUUCCCGUGCAUGCUAGAUGAUUUUAAUGUUUUAUAACUUCACAAAAAGGUUUGAUAUACUAAUUUGAAUUUCCCAAACACUUGAACAGUCAAAACGUAAAACUAAUAUAGGUUUAUUUGAGAUGCGCAGUCAUGUGUAACAUUUUUUUUCUCAGGAAGAGUUAGGUCCCUUUUACAUGUUCGUGUUCUUCACUCAUAAUAGUUGAAAAUGUAAAACCUGACACAAACAUAAUCGAACAAGACUAGCUAUAAAUGAGGGAGAAACUGUGUAUAGUAACGUUAACUUUUAACCAGUUAAGAAAGCUUUUGAAUAAAAUGUAACCUUCCAUUCACCGAAAAUUCUAUCUAGUAUUUUAAACGGUUUAUUCAUUGAUUGUUCUUUUUAUGAAUACGUGUGUAAAUAGUUGCAAUGUGUAUGAAAUGUAAGUGAGUUAGGCAGAUGUUAUUUGUAUCUUGUUAAAUGAUUGAUAUGAUUAUGUUAUGCAACAUUCAAAAGGGUGCUUUCUGGGUUUUGUUUUUGUAAUAUUGUUAUGCAAUUCAAUUGUUUUAAAAUUAAACAAUGAUGUUCUUAUGA